CACGUGGACUUCAAGAUGAGGCCCCUCACGGACGAAGAGACAAGAGCGAUGUUUGAAAAGUUAUCAAAAUAUAUAGGAGAGAAUAUCAAGUUGCUGGUGGACCGGCCUGAUGGGACGUACUGCUUUCGGCUACACAACGAUCGGGUUUAUUAUGUGAGUGAAAAGAUCCUUAAACUUGCAACCAAUAUUGCUCGAGACAAAUUAGUAUCCUUUGGAACCUGCUUUGGAAAGUUUACCAAGACUCAGAAGUUUCGUCUACAUGUUACAGCUUUGGAUUAUCUGGCUCCCUAUGCAAAGUACAAAGUAUGGGUGAAACCUGGAGCAGAGCAGUCUUUUCUUUAUGGAAACCAUGUGCUAAAAUCUGGCUUGGGACGUAUCACAGAGAACACAUCUCAGUACCAGGGUGUGGUGGUGUAUUCCAUGGCUGAUGUACCACUGGGAUUCGGUGUGGCCGCAAAGUCAACUCAGGAGUGCAGAAAGCUUGAUCCUAUGGCAAUUGUGGUUUUUCACCAGGCAGAUGUGGGAGAGUACAUCAGACAUGAAGAUACCUUAACAUAAAUGGACAGGCAUAUAGCUACUUUUCUAAGAAGAUUAUUUCGACUAAAACGCCUUGUGCAUGUGAAGCAGGGACAACACCUUUGUUUGAACCUAAUUUUCGGAGCAGCAGUACAUACAUAAGCAUUUGUGUCAUUGACUUUUCAGCAUUGUCCCUUUCUCUGGACUGACAUGCUGUUUUGAGCAGAGGUUUUUUUGUCUCCUUUUCCAUCUAUUCUAUGAUUAAACUUUGCCAUAAGGAA